CCCGGCUAGCGCAUGCGCACAAACCGAGCAACCGGAGUAGGGAUAAUCGGGAAUUGUGCAGUUGAUCCAGUCUCGUUAAUCCGAAUUAACUCAGAUUCAUUUCGAAUAUAGGGCGGGUGCUCUGGGACAUCGCAGAAAUAUCCAGGCAGCCCGUCACCAAGAUGGAUGCAAGGACAGUGACAGGAGGGCCUGUCGGCUGCCAACGGACUCCGGGUUCAGACCCAGAGCCGGACCCCAGUCAUCAUCUCCGGCAGCAGCAGCUACUCCGCGUCCUGGGACACUACGAGCCGGUGCUGACUUACUGGCAGAGCGUGUUGGUGUGGGAGAGGCCGCUGCACAGCCUGCUCCUGUACCUGAGCGUCAACGCCGGCUUCUGGUUUCUGGCACUAACCCCAUUUAGGCUGGUAUUCCUCAUUGCAUUCGGUCUGAUUAUUAUUGUGUGUCUUGACACCUGGAAGAACAGAAUCUGGCCUGAACUCCGAGAAGAAGACACAGAAAAAGUCCCAAGAAUAUUAGAAAAUCAAGAGGCAAAGGGCGGGAGGAACUUAAAAUAUGAUCACUACAGAAAAGUGACCCACAUGGAGGACAGUGAUGCUGAAAGCUGGGGCCUUGUUCACCCAAAACUACUCAGCGUUCCUGAACUUUGUCACAGAAUGGCAGAGCUGUCACUCAGUGCAGAGAGGUUCUUGAAGAACUUGUACCAUUUUAAAAAACAGAAUCCUGGCAAGUUUUGCCUUUUAGCUUCUGGUGUGUUCACAUUCCUGGCUGUAAUUGGACGCUAUAUUCCUGGUCUCCUCAUGUGCUACGUCAGCUUGAUUGGCAUACUGCUCUGGCCCUUGGCUAUUUAUCACCAAUUGGGGCUAAAGAUUUAUGCCAGAAUUGAACCUUUGCUUAGGCGGCUGGAUUUCAGCAUGAAGGGAUACAUGGUGACAAAACAACGGGAGCGACAGUUGCAUCAUCAAGCAAUGGCUGUCAGAACUGCAGAUGAUGGAAGUGACAGUGAAGCUGAGUUGGCUGCCUUCUGCCCUAAGCUUGAUGACUCCAUAAUAGCGAAGGAACUGGAAAUUUCAGACUCUGAGCAUUCUGACACUGAGGUGUCGUAUGCUGAGAAUGGAACUUUCAACUUAUCCCGAGGACAGACUCCAAUAACAGACGGUUCUGAAGAUCUUGAUCGUCAUAGUGACCCAGAGGAGUCGUUUGCGAGAGAUCUACCAGAAUUCCCCUCAAUAAAUCCAAAUGCAACUGGAGUGGAUGAUGAUGAUGAUGAUACCAGCCUGGGUAUUCCAACUGUUCCCUACCAGACUUUGGCACAGGAAGACGAGAGCUUGUUUUCAGAUCAAGAGGAUAUUGAUGUAGAUAUAUCCCUCAGUGGGCUGCCAUCACCCCUAAAUUUCGCAGGUAGCCAGGGCCUUUCUCUGGCAGGGGCACUAGCCAGCAAUAUGAUGGCGGCUGCACUGUUGAGCCCAGAUCAAGAAGCCCAAAUGGUGAGGGACAAUCCUCCAAGGAUUGCUUCACAGACCUGUCACGAACACUCGGGUACAGAAAUGGACACUGAUGUAGAGGGGGAUGAUUUUGAACUGUUGGAUCAGUCAGAGCUGAAUCAGUAUGAGAGCAUCACUUCACAGGAUCGGGGCUCACGGCAACACCCGAAGACAGGGUUCCUUUCAAACUUUCUCCGAAAACAGUAGGUUUGUGGGUGUUGGGGUUGCCAGUGACACCACACUGGGCCCAGUCGACAUUCAUCGGAAGGCAAGGUUGCCAUAACACCCUUGUUGCAAAACCACUGGUGUGUCUAUUAUUCCUGCUGCUGUUCUGCAUAGUUUAAAAUAGUGAUUUCCCCGGUGGUUAUCAUUUCUUCCUCACGAUGGACAGCAUUUCACAACUAAGAGAGACGUAGAACUUAUUGCUAUCUGCCAUUGCAGGUUUAUUUGGUGUCCCUUCUAGUUCCUUGGGUUUGAAAUGCUGCCAUCCCAGGAAAAGUUGUUGCAAGGAAUGAUGAAGCUUUACGGAACAUCUGGACUUAAAAAAUUGUGCUAAUCAACAAGUGUUGUUGAUUCUAACUCAAGGUUAGUUUUUUAAGGAAUGGAAGUUCUGCAACCUUUACUGCGGUAUUUUUGAUGCAUAGAUUAUCAUUCUGUCUCAUUGGUAAGAAAGCUGAUUACCUGUAAGAGUGCACCAUCUCUGUUUAUAGCUUCUGCUUCAAAAAAUAGAAACCAUCCACAGAAUGUUGUUGACAAACAAAGUGUGGUGUUGGUGCAGGUAGUCCAAACAUAAUUUGAUUAGUUGGAUUGUAAUCUCAUCAGAUCUACAAAAUACACCAUUUAGCACUUAUUAGUGAGGAUUAGGAUUGUGCAGUGAGGAAACAAGCAGCAAGGUUCAUCAUCAGCGGAGAUUAAUGUUAUUAUGGCUCAUUCAAAAUAACAAGAUUGGAAAAGUUCCAGGAUUAAAACGAUGAGCUCUGCCCUCAGCUAGAGACAGCAAUAACUAGAUUGUUUAGGGGGAGAGGAGGUUGGGAUUUCUGGGUAAGUAAAUGUAGAGCAAGCUUUCAUGUUCAAUUCACCCAUUAUACUUUGAAGAAAAGGUCACAAUCUAGCAAAACUGAACAUUGAGGAAUAGACUGUUUACAAUUAAUGGAGGCUUGUUCUUUAAACCCUGGUGAAGAAACCUGCAGGAUUUUUGUAAGACAUGGUGAUUUGUGUUUUAUCUCUUACAUAAUGUAAAAUGCUUCAUUCUGAGGGGAUGCAAAGUCUUGUGAGUUUGAAUUGAUCGCUAAAUACUCCUUUCUUCCAUUGUGCUGUUUAUUUUUGACCUUGAUUACACUGAGCUUCUGGCUGCAGCUGCACUAUUCCUCAAACUUCAUCUCGGUUUAAUUUUUUCCAGCCUGGUUUCUAAGAUCACCACAUUGUAGAUGGCAAAACUGUCAGUUUUCAUUGGUGACCAGAUUUUCAGCUCAGACUAUGUUAUACCUAAAAUGUACAUGACCCAGAUCUAAGGAGUCAAAAACAGCUGAGUUUGGGAUAGGUUGUAUGGGUGUGAACUGGAUAUGGAUACUUGUCUGUCAGAUAUAUAUGUGUGUAAAGCCCAAAGGCUCAGGCUGUGAACAAUAAGGAGAGCUGCCUCUUUUGCCUGCUUUAGAGCAGAUCAGAGAUGCAGCUUUAGGAAUGGAUUGGGUGGCAGAGGGAACCGGAUUGGUUUAGUGGACCUCCCAGGUUCUACAAUGAUGCAAUAUCUUCCAUUCCUCCUACAGCUGAGAAAUCUAAACCUCAAACUGUUUAAGUGCUGUACCUGUGCAAUUUGUCAGUGAAUAAUACAGACUUUAUAUCACCGCCUUUAGAAUAUUGCAGCUUCUCUCUAACCAAAAGCAGUAUUUCUGACUGCAGUAAUUUAAAUGCAACGUCACAUCCCUUUCUCUCCACUGAGAUUUAUUUGGCCACAUUUGCUCAAUUAGGGAAGGAAAAAGCAAAUCAAAAUAUUUUAUGAAAUGGAAAAUUAGCAUUGAACGAUGCAGCGUCAACGAAUGCCGUGUGCGGUGUAACCCAGAACUGUGCAUUAUGCAUAGGAGGUGUAAUUUUAUAAAUGUUGUUUUGAGUCAGGCACAAACCCUUUUAAGGCUUAAAAUAUUUUAAUACAUGUUCAUUACCCUUUGAAGCUGUUUUUUUUUAAAUAAAAUAUUUGAUAUUGCAGGACUUUGGUCCUUUGUAGCUUUUUUAAUAGAAAAUCAAAUACUGCAGGUCCUUGAAAUCUGAAAUAAAUACAAAAUGUUGGCAACACUCAGCAGAUCAAGCAGCAUCAGUGGUCAGAGAACAGGAUUAACAUUUCAGGUUGAUGACUUUUCCAUACGAAGCUUUUUAAUAUCCUGCUCCAGUUACAAACUUAAUAUUGAAAGGCUGAGUAAAGAUUAUAUUGUUAUUUCUUAUACUGGAUUAGCAGCUGGCUGUACAGGCAGCAAAGGAACCGUUGGCUUAAAUACUGUAACAAAGCAAAUAAAAUCCAUUUUUGUACAUUAUGGAUUAUUUAGUGUUGAUGCUUUUCCUGGAUAUGAUCUGCUGUCCUCCUUUCCCUCUGAUCCAGCACUGUGUGGAAUAAAUGCAAAAUUUGGAGCUAUGCAGCUGCUGCAUGCACUGUGUCUAUUUAUUUCAAGUGAUAUGUUGGGCAGUGGUCUUUAGCUUGGUUUUCCUAGCAGAGCAAUUGUGGUCACCACUCUUUAAUCCGCGCCUGCUGUUUCCAUUGUAAGAGAAGUGUAUUUCAGAGCAGAUUCCAGCAGCACCUGAAAUUGAAAACUACAGACAACUGAUCCCUCAAAUCUUUUGAAAAUCAUAUGAAAUUAUGUACAUAUUGAUCUGUUUAAAAACUUCAGUUAUCUUAAAAAGUUAGUGAUGAGCUUAAGCUUUGAGUUUUUUUUGAGAUGAAGCCUUCUCUUGCUGAGGACCUUGUGGUGUGUUUGAAACCUAUUGCAGCCUGAGCGUUUUCAUUAGAAGCCCAGACAAUUAGAAUUGAUAGUUAGAUAAUGCAAAAUGCAUUGAACUGUUGUGUAAAAUGUGCAGGAUUUGUGUGGACACAUGUAUUUUUGAUGUUGUGUGAUCCUCAAUGUCACUUUUGUGUAUUUAAGAUAUUUCAAAACAUUCAUUUUCAGAGUUUAUAACUGACCUGAUCCAUUUGAAAGUUUUGUAGAAAAGUCAGUUUAUUUUUGAACCAUUCAUUAAAACUGAUUUCUAAAAUUGUGAA